AUGGCCGAAUAAAUACCUCGUCAAAUGCUUAUAAAUAUUAUAAUAUUAUAAUUAUGUCGCAUAAACGUUCGCAAAUCUUGUUGAUCUUUCAAUAGUCGGCUCAUUCAUCGCGUCGGAACUGUUGGAAGUCGAUAGUUGCAAGUUAAACACUCGACCUUUGGUGUUUAAAUCUCAAAUGUCUACAGUUUUCGUUCGUACAUUUUUUGGCUGCGUUUGGCGCCAUAACCUUAAACUAGAACGAGCAAUAUCGCAUUAACGUGACCGCCGUAGUUUAAGGCCGACGAGAAGAACACUAUUUAGUAAUAAGCACAUACAAUACCAAUAAGAAAAUGUUAAAAACAAAGAUUUUAUCCAGUAUUUUAAGGAGUACUAAUUAUUCAAAGCAACUAUUUCGCAAUAAUUACACUCAAGAAGCAGCACCCCUACCCAUCAAAAUUGAAAAGACAAUAAAUAAAGUCACACUUUUGGGACGAGUUGGUGCGGAUCCGCAAAAACGAGGCACAGAAGAACAUCCAGUUGUUGUAUUUUCAUUGGCUACACACCAAAAUUAUAUCAACAAUAAUGAAGAAAGCACACAAAAGACUGACUGGCACCGUAUCGUUGUAUUUAGGCCUGGAUUGCGUGACACUGUAUAUAAUUACCUACAAAAAGGACAACGUAUACACAUAAGCGGGAGAUUAAUCUACGGAGAAUUAAAAGAUGAAUCUGGUAAUUCUCGAACAACUACAUCAAUUGCUGCUGAUGAUAUCAUAUUUUUUAAUUCAAAAAAUUAAACUAAUUAAUUUGUCUAAAUUUAAUUUAAGUUAUAUUUGUUUAGUCUAUAGAAAACAUGUUCAUUGUGUUGCCUAUAAUUAAAAUUCCUAUAAGAAUAUUUUUUUACUUAUAAAGUUGAUAACUAAGAUAAAAAAGUUAAAAUUAUGUUAGUUUUUAUGUGACAUUUUGUCCAUAACAAACAAUAAAAGUGAAAAGUUGAAAGUAGUAAUUUGUUGCGCUAAACAUUUUCAUAAAAUUAUUUCUGCUAUUUAUAGUAUGUUAUUCCAUGGUGCUAUUUUUUUAUGAUAAUGAUAUAAGUAUAUAUAUAUAUAAUUAAAGAAUAUUACAUAGUGCA